GUCGAUAUUGAUUGUUUGCCAUCCAUCCUUGACAACAAAUUUUGUGUGAUUGUAUGAUUUUUCAAUUUGGUAAAGUUUAAUGGGGACAACCCAUAUCACUAUUCUAUAGUAGAAAUUUGAAAUCUCUUGAAGAAGAGUUCAACCACCAACAACAGCAAAGAAAUAAGUUGAGUUCUUCUUGAUCUCAGCAAGAAAUUCGGUGAAGAUGGCAUUCUCAGGAACACAGCAGAAGUGCAAAGCAUGCGAGAAGACAGUAUACUUGGUGGAUCAGCUCACAGCUGAUGGUUCAGUCUUCCACAAGGCCUGCUUUCGCUGCUAUCACUGCAAGGGGACCUUAAAGCUCAGCAACUAUUCUUCUUUUGGAGGUGUCUUGUAUUGCAAGCCUCACUUUGAUCAGCUCUUUAAGACAACUGGAAGUCUGGACAAAAGUUUUGAAGGAACUCCAAAAGCUGUGAAAAAUGACAAGUUGAAUGAUGGUGAGAUUAAGUCCCCCAACAGAGUCUCAACCAUGUUUUCUGGGACACAAGAGAAAUGUCUUGCUUGUGGAAAGACAGCUUAUCCUCUUGAGAAGGUUUCUGUAGAAGGCAUGGCAUACCAUAGAGUAUGUUUUAAGUGCACACAUGGAGGUUGUGUUAUCAGUCCUUCAAAUUAUAUUGCACUUGAGGGAAGGCUUUAUUGCAAGCACCACCAUAAUCAGCUCUUCAAAGAGAAAGGCAAUUAUAGUCAGCUUAUCAAGACUCCUCCUGUCAAAGGCGCAUCAGAGAAUUCGGUGAAUGAGUGAUCUGAAACUGAAUGUUUUAUCGGAUAAUCUUUGGUAGAUUGAUCCUUAUUUGUUUGUUUGUAAUUUAACAUACGAUAUCACAUGAUUGGUGGGGCAUUUACCUCUUGUAUUGGGGAUUUAAUGGUGCUGCAUUGGUGUUUCCAACUUGCCAUGUUGAUAGGAACAUUUGAAUGUAUCAGAGUAAGGUGUUCGUUGAGAAGCAUAUGGUGUGUUGACUUUAUGCCCAGAGAAUGCUGCUGUUGAUGUUAAGCAGCUAUUUAUGAUUAUCAGUAAGCAUAUCUUCUUUUGCAUGUAUAAGGCGGUAAUGCAGUUUGUUUAGUAUGAACUUAUUAAGGCAGCGUGAAAGACUUCUUGCAGAACAGAGGACGUGAACAUGUUGGUCAGUUGGGAUCUUAUUGCAUCUUUUAAAACCUCUUACAAAUUUUUUUGUGAGUUGAGAUUAACAUUACAGAAGGCAUUCAGAUUUGUGUAUAAUUUUCUGUCUAAGUUAUCCUAUGAGUGUUUAUAUCUU